GACGCCGCCCGCUGAGGGAGGACUCGCUUUGCCACGUCGGUCUGAGCGCUGAGAGAGAGAGACUGGAGCGGACCUCGCCUCCCUGCAUCCCCUCGCUGCACUCAGCACAGCCCGGGCUCUGUUCUCCAAAAUCCUGGCUCUCUAACACCCGCCGGAACAGCCGGUCACCCGCCGUUACUCUCCCGCCUUCCCUCCUUCAUUAACUCCCGCGCUGUCUGUCCGGAGCCGCGGAGCUGAGAGAGAGUCUCCGCAGCCGCAGCGCUCGCUCUGGACUCGGCUCUUCUCCUUACCGCGGGGGACUGAUGUCUCUGACGGAUGUCGACCGGGCUGCGCUGGGCGAGGCCGUGAGGACGUGUCACAUUGGAGCUGCCUGGGUUGUGGUGGUGGUGGUGGUUGACGAGGGAGCUGGACAUGCCCGGGGGCCGUAGGGGUCCGAGUAGACAGCAGCUCAGCCGCUCGGCGCUGCCGUCCCUGCAGACUCUUGUAGGGGGCAGCCUCAGCAACGGGACUGGCCCCAGGAGCAGGAGCAGCAAUUCAGUGGGUCUGACGGCCCCACCCCUCACCACCCUGAUCACACCCGAGCCUGUGCGUCACUCUCGUAUCCCAGAGCUUCCUCUCGACAGCAGCCUGCUGUUUGAGUUCCUGCUCUUCCUCUACCUGCUGGUGGCGCUCUUCGUACAGUACAUCAACAUCUACAGGACUGUAUGGUGGUAUCCUCACAGCCACCCUGCUGCCUCUACCUCGCUCAACUUCUAUUUGAUUGACUACCACCUGGCCAUCUUCAUCACUGUGAUGCUGGCCAGAAGACUAGUGUGGACCAUCGUCUCGGAGGCCUCUCAGACAAGCCCGUCGUCAUUGGUGCAGUAUGUGCUUCUGAUCGUGGCCAGGCUGAGCCUGCUGACUCUCUGCGGUUGGGUUUUGUGCUGGACCCUCGUCAACCUCUUCAAGACUCAUUCGGUGCUUAACCUGCUCUUCCUGGGCUACCCGUUUGGUGUUUACGUGCCGCUGUGCUGCUUUCACCAGGAGGGACGCUCACAGCCGACCCCCACUGACUGCAGCUUCUCCGAGCAGGAAGGGACGGACAGCUCUCUGCUUAGACCAAAGGACUUUCUGGCUCUCCUCCGCGAGAACCUGAGAGAGCAGUUCUCCAGCCCCACCCACGUCCCCGCCCACACCUGUCCCCCCUCACCUGAGCUCAUCCGGAGCGAGGUGGAGGAGCUCAAGAGUGACUUUAACCGCCGAAUUAAAGAAGUGCUCUUCAACUCACUCUUUAGCGCCUACUACGUAGCCUUCCUGCCGCUCUGCUUCGUCCAGAAUACACAGUACUAUGAUAUGCGAUGGUCCUGCGAGCACUUGAUCAUGGUGUGGAUCAAUGCAUUCGUCAUGUUGAUGAGCCAACUCCUGCCACCCAGCUACUGCGACCUGCUGCACCGCUCAGCAGCUCAUCUGGGCCGCUGGCAACGGCUUGAGCACGGCUCCUACAGCAACGCACCACAGCAUGUGUGGUCAGAGAGCACCAUCUGGCCUCAGGGUGUUCUGGUGCGACACAGCCGCUGUCUGUAUAAAGCCGUGGGGCCGUACAACGUGGCCUUGCCCUCUGACGUCUCCCACGCCAGGUUUUAUUUCUUGUUUCAUAAGCCAUUGCGGAUCCUGAACCUGCUGAUCGGGAUCGAGUCGAGCGUGGUGCUCUACCAGCUGUAUUCUCUGCUGCGCUCCGAGCGCUGGAACCACACGCUGUCGCUGGGCCUCAUCCUCUUCUGCAACUACUACGUUCUGUUCAAGCUGCUGCGGGACCGCAUCGUGCUGGGCAAGGCCUACUCCUUCCCACUCAGUGGAAACGGCCUGGGCCUGAAGUCUCAGUGAGGCCCCGGCCAGCAGCUUCGGAGGACCAGAGCGUGUGCAGAGGAGGGAAAAAAAGGGGUUAAAAAAAAAAAGGAAUGACUGUGAAACUCCUCCAGCUGUUUAUUUUGAUACGGUUCUAUUUUCAUGCAAUGUUUAUAUCUAUUUAAGAAAAUAUUUUUAUUUUGUAUACUGUUACACGAAUGAACACGGGGCAUUACGUUUCUGCAACGUGAUGUCAUUUCCUCCCCCGUGCGAAAUUUUGACAAGAAAAAAGGUAAAAUAUAUAAAUAAAAGGAGAAAAAAAAAGAGAAAAGUAUCGCAGACGGGGAGGAGUGUCGAGGCCUUGUAGCAUGCGUCUCACACGACGUCCGAAUUCCGCCAAAGAUGUUCUUAAACAGGCAGUCAGUCUUGAGCGAGAGGAGAGAGAGAAAGAAGGAGAGGAGCUCAAACGACCAAUCAGAACAGAAGACUGAGAAGAGGAUGGAAAGUAUCCAGUCCAUUGCCUGUGUAGUGAAUGCUGUAUUGUAUUGUUUGUUUUCAUUACAUUACUGUAUUUUAUGAUUAAUAUCUGUUUAUAGCGUGAUAUUGCUGCAUUUUAUCAGACUUCAGUUUUUUUUGUUUAGUUUUGUUUCUGUUUUGUUUUGGUCAGUUGCUUUCUUUUUUUUUUGUUUGUUUUUUUGUUCUUUUGGAAGCUUAUGCAGCAGCGACUUUGUUUUCCCUGUUUAUUCAUGUCUAUCUCUGUGCCAAAACCCAGGAUGCUGUGGAAGCCUUCCUCGGUUAAUGUGUUCAUCAUUCUUCAUGGGCGUGGCCAUGUGGAUGCAGGGCGGGGCCCAUGGUCUGUCCAGCUUGCAGUAUUUGACACAAUGCAACAUUAUUUCAAAAUGCCAUGGCAUCCAGAAUAAACAAAAAUGGUUUAAUUCUC